AUGGCAAAUAUCAAAAUCUUCGGGGGCAGCUCCCAUCAGGACCUAUCCCAGAAAAUUGCCGACCACCUGGGCCUGGAGCUAGGCAAGGUGGUGACCAAGAAAUUCAGCAACCAGGAGACCUGUGUGGAAAUUGGCGAGAGUGUGCGAGGAGAGGAUGUCUACAUAGUGCAGAGUGGUUGUGGCGAAAUCAAUGACAGUCUAAUGGAGCUUUUGAUCAUGAUUGAUGCCUGCAAGAUUGCUUCAGCCAGCCGGGUUACUGCGGUCAUCCCAUGCUUCCCUUAUGCCCGGCAGGAUAAGAAGGAUAAGAGCCGGGCCCCAAUAUCCGCCAAACUUGUUGCAAAUAUGCUGUCUGUAGCAGGUGCAGAUCAUAUCAUCACCAUGGACUUACAUGCUUCUCAAAUUCAGGGGUUUUUUGAUAUCCCCGUAGACAAUCUCUAUGCGGAGCCAGCUGUCCUGAAAUGGAUAAGGGAGACUAUCUCUGAGUGGAGGAACUGCACUGUUGUCUCACCAGACGCUGGUGGAGCUAAGAGAGCGACCUCCAUUGCACACAGGUUGCAUGUGGCCUUUGCCUUGAUUCACAAAGAACGGAAGAAGGCUAAUGAAGUGGACCGUAUGGUGCUAGUGGGGGAUGUGAAGGAUCGUGUGGCCAUCCUUGUGGAUGACAUGGCUGAUACUUGUGGUACAAUCUGUCAUGCAGCUGACAAACUUCUCUCCGCUGGAGCCGCCAGAGUUUACGCGAUCUUGACUCACGGAAUCUUUUCUGGCCCGGCCCUUGCUUGCAUCAACAGUGCGUGCUUUGAAGCGGUGGUCGUCACCAAUACCAUACCUCAGGAGGAUAAGAUGAAACAUUGCUCCAAGAUACAGGCGAUCGACAUCUCCAUGAUCCUUGCGGAAGCCAUCAAGAGAACUCACAACGGAGAAUCUGUUUCCUACCUAUUCAGCCAUGUCCCUUUGUAA